AUAACAUUCAACUCCGGGUAAGUGCCUCCCCUGGGGCUGUAUUGUAAUAAGAUAGUCCAAAAUAGUUCGUGGAAUACAUCUCGAUGUAUUGAAUCGCAUUGCGAAAACAAGCUACUUCUUCGCAUUGCGCGUCAUGCGAGAGUAUUCAAACCGGACUCGGUGUACUGCCUUUUCUGUUACAUUAGUAAUAACAGCAGCAUUGACUGGAGACAGCAGGAGUGCAAGACAACGCUUGUAUGAGUGCAGCGCCAACGGAGGAAUAUUUGAGUUUUUAUUUACUCUACGGCUUGUUGUUCAUUUUUUUCUGCUUUAUGGUUACUUGUACAGUCACGUGUGAAGAUUUCUUGAAGCUGAAAGAACACCAACUUCUUCUCACGUGGUGGCUCUUGUUUUCCUGGAGGAAAUAAACCUGCGUUUUGACAUCUCUGGACUGGAUUCCUUCCCCUCCUGAGACAGACGGACAACAACCACACGUUUUCACCCUCGGGGAUGAAAUAUGCAACGGAUGUAAGAAGGGCCGCCACGUUCUGAAGUCCAAAGUGGUUUUAAGUCAUGAUGCAGGAGUCGGCCACAGAGACAAUAAGCAACAGUUCAAUGAGUCAAAAUGGAAUGAGCAGCCUGAGCAGCCUAUGCAGCCAAUUAGAUGCUGGCAGUAGAGAUGGAAGAUCAAGCGGUGACACGAGCAGCGAAGUAAGCACAGUCGGGCUGCUGCAUCUCCAACAACAGCAGGCCCUACAAGCAGCGAGACAAUUACUCUUACAACAGCCAGGCAGUGGCCUGAAAUCUCCAAAGAACAAGGACAAACAGCGUCCACUGCAGGUGCCAGUGUCGGUGGCCAUGAUGAGUCCCCAGGUGAUCACCCCCCAGCAGAUGCAGCAGAUCCUCCAGCAGCAGGUCCUAUCCCCUCAGCAGCUCCAGGCCCUGCUCCAACAGCAGCAGGCUGUGAUGCUGCAGCAGUACUGUGCGAGGCCAUUUAAAGUCCAUAUGGAGAAGACAUGGCGGGAGAGCGAGACUACACAACAUCUGCAGGAGUUUUAUAAGAAGCAACAGGAGCAGCUACACCUGCAGCUUUUACAACAGCAGCACCCUGGAAAGCAAGCAAAAGAGCAACAGCAGCAGCAGCAGCAGCAGCAACAGCAUCAGCAGCAGCUUGCCACCCAGCAGCUCGUCUUCCGGCAGCAACUCCUCCAGAUGCAACAGCUCCAGCAGCAGCAGCACCUGCUCAACAUGCAGCGCCAGGGCCUGCUCUCCCUGCCCCCAGCCCCAGGACAGGCAGCCCUCCCCGGGCAGACCAUGCCACCAGCUGGACUGAGCCCAGCGGAUCUCCAACAGUUGUGGAAGGACGUGACCGGGGGCCACAACAUGGAGGACAACGACAUCAAACACGGCGUCGGCGGCGGCGGCCUGGACCUGACCACUACCAACUCCUCCUCGACUACCUCCUCCACCCCUUCCAAAGCGUCACCCCCCAUCUCCCACCACUCCAUCGCCAACGGCCAGUCUCCCGCACUCAAUUCCAGAAGGGAGAGGGAGCGAGAGAGGGAACGGGAACGGGAGAGGUACGGAAACUCAUUACACGAGGAAAGCGGAGCCUCCCACUCCCUCUAUGGUCACGGGGUGUGCAAGUGGCCCGGCUGCGAGAGCGUCUGUGAGGACUUCGGACAGUUUUUGAAGCACCUUAACACUGAGCACGCUCUAGACGACAGGAGCACGGCCCAGUGUCGAGUCCAGAUGCAGGUGGUACAGCAGCUAGAGAUACAGCUUUCUAAAGAACGUGAGCAUCUUCAGGCGAUGAUGGCCCACUUGCACAUGCGGCCCUCGGAGCCCAAGCCAUCUCCAAAACCUCUGAACUUGGUAUCGAGCGUCACCAUGUCGAAGAACCUGCCGUCGGUGUCCCCUCCGAACGUACCUCAGACCCCCACCACGCCCAGCGCCCCCGUGACGCCCAUGUCCCAGGUGCCCCAGGUGCCCUCCCUGCUCAGCGCCGCCAACGUCCCCAGCAUGGGUGCCAUGCGCAGACGUCACUCCGACAAAUACUCCAUGCAACUGUCUUCAGGUGGUGACACAGUAUUUAUUUUUCCAGAGAUCGCCCCAAACUAUGAGUUUUAUAAGAAUGCCGAUGUCAGACCGCCAUUUACUUAUGCAACCCUCAUAAGGCAGGGUAUCAUGGAGUCCGGCGACAUGCAGUUAACGCUUAAUGAAAUCUACAGCUGGUUCACCCGCACGUUCGCUUACUUCAGACGCAACGCAGCUACUUGGAAGAACGCCGUUCGCCACAACCUCAGUCUGCACAAGUGCUUUGUGCGCGUGGAGAACGUGAAGGGGGCCGUGUGGACAGUGGAUGAGAUGGAGUACCAGAAACGCAGGUCUCAGAAGAUAACAGGGUGUAGAAGCCCGACGCUUGUGAAGAACCUUCCCUCCAGCCUGGGCUAUGGAGCUGCUUUAAACGCCAGCUUACAGGCGGCGCUGGCUGAGACCUCCCUGCCUCUGCUGGGGAACCCUGGUCUGAUGAACAGCAGUUCGUCUGGUUUGAUGGGAGGCAGUCCUCAUGGUCUAAUGGGCGGGAGCCCCCCUGGUAUGCUGGGCGGUAGCCCCCAUGGAUUGAUGGGUGGUAGCCCACAUGGAUUCAUGGGCGGGAGCCCCCAUGGGUUGAUGGGUGGCAGCCCCCCAGGAAUGAUGGGUAGCAGCCCCCCCAGCCUGCUCCAGUCCGACUUGAACGGAUCGCUGGAUCACCUGGACACCAACGGCCACAGCAGCCCUGGAGGAUACUCCCCACAGGCACACAUGUCAGCAAUCCACGUCAAGGAGGAGCCGUUGAACAUGGACGACAAUGACUGUCCGAUGUCGCUGGUGACGACAGCCAACCACAGCCCAGAGCUGGACGACGACCGGGAGCUGGAGGAGGGCAACCUAUCAGAUGACCUGGAGUGACUACUGGAGUCCCUCCCACUACUACAGGCCCCUCCCUCCACCUCCGUCACACUGUCCUCCUACCUGUUUCCUUACAGGCUGCCCUCCUAGAACCUGCUAAUACCAGAACCACUCCUCACCCAGAACCAAACAGAUCAGACCACAGCUGACUCUCCUCCUUCCCGACCCGCGGACUGGAGUAUUUAUUGAGCAUGCAUCCGGAAGACGAGGCCCAAAGGAACUCUUUGUUGCAGCCCUUUGGGAUCCCUGACUGAACAUGACAGGCAUGAGAUGUCUGGUUUUUAAAACGACUUUCAGACCUGUUUCAUGAAGAUGGCUUGGCCACUACAUACACACCGACAAACACAGAGGCUCAUGGACGGAAAACGACAAAAACACGAGUCUAGAAACCCGUUCUGUAGAAAGCUAACGGCCUCUUAUAUACUGCCAAAAAAAAGAUGUUGAAUUUUGUGAAUAUCAAAAACCCUCACAGUAGUUGUUGAUGUUAGAAACAAUUGCUGGUUCAAUUCAAACGUUGUUGCUCUGUCCAUCAUUUGCACAGGAGUAGUAUCAGAAAUUAGUGUCACUGCCUGUAUGUUGCUAAAAAAAAAACACAAAAAAAUGUAUUUUCUUUUCUUUUUGCGUUCUACUUUUUGUAUUCUGAUUUCUGGCACCACCAACUGUAAAUGCCAUUUCCUAUUUCCCAACAGUAACAGAAGCACGGUAUCAAGACUGUUGCAGCUGUCAAAAAAAGUAAGCUUCCAGUCUGUAUCUGUUUGUGAUGAAAAGUAAUUAACGUGACAUUAAGUUUGAAAAACGUACCUGUUUGUGUAAAGCACCAACCAAUACGGGG